AAUUCAAAUUUCCCAAGACAUGUUUCUUUGAGUUCGUAUAUCUAGCAUUCUCAGUCUCAGUCUCUUUUGCCAAUUAAAUUAGAGUGUACGGCUCCCUCUUUGGAACCUCCCAAUUUAUUUGGUGAAACUAAGAAAGCAGUGAAGUUAUUAUGGCAGUGCCAUUAUUUCCUACCCUGUCUCCGAGAGUUGUAGAUCCACUUUGGUUUAGUGUCGACAAACCCAAAAAUGAUGAAAGUGACCUGGCCCAGCAAGAGCAGCAGCAUCAAUCUUGGAUGAAUAGUAUCGGAAGUAGAGAAGCUGAAUUUACACCAAUCGGGAAAACUUCAGAUCAACCUGCAGAAGAAGAAGACGAUGAGGAAGAGGAAGAAGAAGACAAUGAUGAUGAUGAUAGCGAAACUCAUGAUGAUGAUGAAGACGAGUUAGAAAUGGAAGUGACUUAUGAAAGGGACUCUCCAGUCGAUCCGCUGCGUUAAAGUUCUCUUUUUUACAAGGAACUGAUUGCUAUAAGUACUCUGUGAUGUUUUUACUUUUUUUUACUCAAAUUAUUCAGUUUCCUUCAUUAAUGCCCAGAACAAUUCCUUGAGCAAAGAGAGGUGUAAAAACGUCCAACCACAUCGUAAUAAUUGUGUAAUAACUUCUGUCAGGUGCAAUGAUGCAGAUGAUAUUGACUUGAUGCAACUGAAUGCCUUUAGCAGUCAGACUCGGUGGGAAACUGAGGAUGCAAAAUGUACAUUGUCAGAUAGGUCUAAUAAGUGAACUCACUUUGUUGAAAUAAAUCCCAUGCAUGGACAGGAAUCAUCUCAACUUUGGCGCUUGAAAAGGAGAGUGAAAAUCUAAAAAAAUUCACCUCUCUUUUGUUGUCUGAUUCUUAACCUUCUGAAAAAAUUGAUUAAAGAAAGGAAGGGUAGUCAAGAGUUCUGGAAAGGUUGUAAAUAGUGCAUAAGUUUUGUUAUUUUAUCUAAUUGUGUUGAAAAAGAUGAACUCCUGAAAUAAAAAAUUAAACUUCCCACGGACAAAA